UAAGGUCUCCUGCUCUUUGCUUCAAUCUCCACUGCAGGAAAAAAUAUCAAAACCCCGACGGCAGCAGCACACUAAAGCCUCGCUAUCGAGGCAAGACCUGCAGCUCUUUUCGAGUUCUCAUCUCUUCCUCUUCAAUCCUCACUUGUUCUUCUUCUCCUUCUCUCUCAGUAGUAGCGAAUUUCUAAUUUAAGAAAAGGAGAUCGUAUUUUUAGGGUUUUGUUGAAACUCUGAAAAUAAAAUUUUAAUGGAAAAACUGAUAAUACAUAAAAAUACAUCAUCAGUAAAUUGGAAACCAUCACCUAUUAUUGCAUUAGCUACUAGUAUUGAUGAUUCUAAAGUGGCUGCUGCUCGUGAAGAUGGUUCUUUAGAGAUCUGGCUUGUUUCACCUGGUUCUGUUGGUUGGCAUUGUCAACUGACUAUACAUGGAGACCCUAAUUCCAGAGUUUCUUCACUUGUUUGGUGUCCUUCCAACUGCAAAACUAUGCCGGCUGGUCGUUUGUUGUCAUCUAGUAUCGAUGGAUCGAUUUCAGAAUGGGAUCUUUUUCAUUUAAAACAAAAGAUUCUUUUAGAUUCCAUUGGAGCAUCAAUAUGGCAGAUGGCUGUAGAACCUCUUGAUGCAUUUUUACUUUCCACACAAAAUGAUACCCAGCGAGCUGUCAAUGAACAUGCAAUUAAUGGUGGUAGUCCUCUUAGUGAUGAUGGCACUAGUGAAAGCGAUGAUGUCGAAAUUAAUGCCAUAGAAUUGCACCCAAUGCCUGAACACCCACGUCUAGCUAUUGGCUGCGAUGAUGGACGUGUUCGAAUUUAUAUUAUUUCUGAUGAGUUGACCUACAAUAGGAUGUUGCCUAGGGUUAGUGGGCGUGUUCUAAGUGUUGCAUGGAGUCCUGAUGCUAAGUCAAUAUUUUCAGGGAGUAGCGAUGGUUUCAUAAGAUGCUGGGACGCCCAGUCGACUCAUGAGGUGUAUAGGAUAACAGUUGGAAUGGGAGGAUUGCAUAAUAGAUCAGAUCUGUGCGUGUGGUCUUUAAUUUAUCUAAAAUCUGGUACUCUGGUUAGUGGAGACAGUACUGGCAGUGUUCAGUUUUGGGAUGGUGAACAAGGAACUCUUUUGCAGGCACAUUCUUGCCACAAGGGUGAUGUCAAUGCUUUGGCACCUUCUCCUAGUCAUAAUAAAGUAUUUUCUGCUGGUUCUGAUGGUCAGGUAAUCCAAUAUAAGCUCUCUAGUGAUACCGUCGACUCUGGCGAUGAUAGUUCCUCUACAGUAGUGGUGAAGAAGUGGAUCUAUGUUGGUUAUGUAAGAGCUCACACUCAUGAUGUCAGAGCCUUGACAGUAGCAGUUCCUAUUGUCAGCAAAGAGCCAUUACCUGAUGAAAAGCUAAAAAGAGAAAGUCGUCGUCGUCGGGAUCCCUAUAAUUUCAGUUAUGGGAAGUGGGCGAAGUUGCGAGUCCCCAUGCUAAUCUCUGCUGGUGAUGAUACAAAGAUCUUUGCGUAUUCUGUUCAGGAAUUCACCAACUUUGCCCCACAUGAUAUUUGCCCUGCACCUCAAAGAGUGCCUAUUCAGUUGGUACAGAAUACACUCAUAGACGGUGCUUCUGUGAUCUUAGUUCAGAACUCGAACUCUUUGGAUGUUUCACUUGUUCACUCAAAGAGUGGCAAGGGCACUAAAAGGAGUGCAAGCACAUCGUUGCUUACUAGCAUUAAGAGCAGAUCAAAGAUAAUAUGCAGCACCAUGUCUUCUAGUGGAAUGUUGUUUGCGUAUUCCGACCAAAAAAAACCAAACCUUUUUCAAUAUUCAAAAGUCGGAGAAAAUGCUUCUGGACUUGCCAAAAAGAAGUUGCCCCGUACACUUCCGUUUGCUCAUUCCAUGGUUUUCAGUGCCGAUUCUUCGAAGUUGAUUCUUGCAGGACAUGAUAGAAAAAUUUAUGUUGUCAACGUUGAAAGUAGAGAACUUUUGCAUACUUUCACACCUUGCCGGAGGGAUGGUAACAAUGGUUUACCACCUAGUGAGCCACCCAUAACAAGGAUGUUUGCCAGUUCAGACGGACAGUGGUUGUCAGCUGUUAACUGUUUUGGUGAUGUAUAUGUCUUCAAUCUUGAGCUACAAAGGCAGCACUGGUUUAUAUCUCGGUUGGAUGGGGCUUCUGUCACUGCUGGGGGUUUCAUGAUCACUCGAGAAUAUGGCAUUGUUCUCAUCAUUACAACUUCUAUAAACCGAGUAUAUGUCUUUGAUGUGGAGUUGAAAAAAUUAGGAGAAUGGUCGAUGCGCCAUACUCAUCUUCUUCCCAGAAGAUUUCAGGAAUUUCCAGGGGAGAUUAUUGGGAUGUCCUUCCCUCAAUCUUGUUCCACUGCAGUUAUUAUCUACAGUGCCAGGGCAAUAUGCUUCAUCGACUUUCAGAAACCUGUAGUUCAAGAUGAUGAUGACAACUGCUUGGCAAAUGGAGUAUUGGAUUCAUCAUCAGAGGUUUCACAAGAUGUUGCCGCUAAUGGUAAUGGUAAGGUGAUGCACAAAAGAAAACGAGAAAGCCAAAUGAAAAAUUUCAAUUUUAGUCUUUUCAAAGAUCCUGCUCUAUUUGUGGGUCAUCUCUCAGAAAGUUCAUUAUUAGUCAUAGAGAAACCAUGGAGGGAAGUGGUUCAGACCUUUGAAGCUCCUCCAGUCCACAGACAUAUAUAUGGGACAUGAGUUCUGCACGCUACUUGUACAUCAAGAAGGGAGUGCAGUUAUGGCCUUGAUUUUCCCCUUUUUCUUAUUAAAGAGUACUGACCUCUGGAGUAGUUGUCGAAUCUUUGAAGAUUUUAUCACAUCUCUGGGACCAAAUACACCACGCAACUAUUGCGAUUUUGCAGAUGUUAUCUUCACUGAUAUGACCAGUUUGUAGAUUAUCAAAGAAAGUGCAGAUCCAGGCCACCAGAUUAAUAUUAUCAGGAGUGUGAAUACCCAGAAUACCAAACCAAACAGGUUUCACCAGAGAGCAUUCAAGAAUGCAAUGAGUAGCUGUUUCAAUCUCUUGAGAGCAGAAAGCGCAACUGAAGUCUCCAUUCUGUAUUGAAUAUGUGAGUUUGUCUCAAGUUGGGAGAAUAUCCUUCACGCAUUUCCACAAGAAUUGAGUGAUUCUAGGAAGAAGAGGUAGUUUCCAGUCUUAAAAACCUUUUUCAUUCUUGGAGACGUCACAACAUUAAAGCUUUGUUCUUCAUACAUCUUUUUGUAAACAGAUUUUACUGUGAAUUGUCCAUUUUCUCUGAAGUCCAAACCAUUUUGUCUUCA